AUGAUGGGCGCAGGAUCAUGGAGGACGGUUUCCCUUCCAGUGGAGGAGCAGCCAGUAUCUGGCACUACCGACCCUACAAACACUCCAACAGUGCUCACGACUUCUGAUGAGGAGCCGAUGGAGGACAGUGAUGAGAUCGAGGCUGAUGACAUCUUUGACCUUUCCGAGCCUGACUACACACCAGCUAAGCACGAGAACAUCAUCUCAGACUAUGAGCUGGAAGAGGGAGAGGAUGAUACCACCACUUUCCUAGAGAUCUCACCAUCCCUUCCUACUCCCUCACACAUAUCCUAUCGAUCAUGCGCUACUAGUACUCGAGUUAAAAAUACCAUGAUGAAGACUACAUCGAUCCCCUCUAGGAAGAGGCCAGCAUCCCCAUCACCAACAAAGAAACAUUGUAGUAACUAUACAUGGAUGCCUCAGAUUAAAUCAUGA